GGUUCUUAGUUUGUUGGAGUGUUGUGGGGGGUCCGGAGGUUGCUGAAUGCGGACUUCCUAGGGAGGGGUGGCGGGUAUCUGGUACGCAGCUGAGGCCCAUGCCGAGCCGGCGCUGGUUGGUGCAAGCUGUCUGCCCUCUCGACGGGGAAACAACAUCACAUUUACUGAAUUUUAUAUGGUCAGAAAUCUGUUUAAAUCAAAGGACAAUUGACAACAAAUUUGAGAGGGGCUUGGAGAACACAUACCAGGAAUGGAUUCUCUCAACUAUGCAACGGUAUCUGAUUCAGCUGUGGAAAUUGAGAAUCAAAGUGAUAACUCUUCCUCUGGUAGCAGCUUAUUUAAAACUCAGUGUGUUCCUAUCCCACCUAAAAGGAGGCAAAGAAACCCUAUUAGAAAAUUUGUUCACAAACCUGAAAGUACUCAAGCAAGAGAUUCGUCUAGUGACUCAUCUAUAGAGCCAAGACCAUUGACUUUAAAAGCUAUUUUUGAAAGAUUCAAAAAAAAGAAACGUAAAAAGAGGAAAUACAAGCCAACGGGAAGAUCAAGGGGAAGACCAAAAGGAAGGAGAAACACUAGAAGCUCACAAAUAAAUAAGAAACAAUUUAAAGACAAAGGACCUGGUUUCCCAUUUUUAGAAUCAGGAAAUGGAAGAAAACCAUUACCUUGGAGAAAAAUUUUAACCUUUGAGCAAGCAGUGGCAAGAGGAUUUUUUAACUACCUUGAAAAACUGAAGUAUGAAUACCAUCUCAAGGAAUCCUUGAAACAAAUGAAUGUUGGUGAAGAUUUAGAAAAAGAAGACUUUGAUAGUCGUAGAUACAGAUACUUGGAUGAUGAUGGAUCUAUCUCUCCUAUUGAAGAGUCAGCAGCAGAGGAGGAGAUUGCAACAAAUCUUGAACAUGAUGAAUGUGAUAUUAAAUUGGUGGAGGAUAAUUAUUUCAUAAUAAGUUCUGAAUUACCAAAGAAGAAGAAUGUAUAUUUGGAACAAGAGGAAAAUACUGAAGAAGCUGCACUGCCUAAAAAGAGAGCAUCAAAAUCCAAAACACUGGACAGAGGACAGAAUGGCCUGAAAAUAGAUAGGAUUAUGACUACCAGACAAGGGCUGACUCACACGAUAACUUCUUUUUGAAAGGGCUACUUUAUCUUGAAGAUUAUGAGUUUGGAGGAACUAAGGUGAUUGGCAGUGGAAAGAAUCAGAACAUGUGAAAUUCCUUAAAAAUUUAUUGACUUAAAUAACUUUGUGUUACACAUAAUUAAAAAAAACCCUUUACACUUUGUGCAGAAAGUCAGCAUAUAUUUUUGGCUCGAAGUUUCUCUAAUGUUUUCUGUGGAGGGAAUAGUAACAUUUAUCAGUUACAGUUCUGAUGUGCCUUGGACAUGAAAAAUUGGGGGCGGGGGCUGCUCACCUUAUGGAAUUCUUUUGCCCUUGCUCUGUUUUGGGCAUAUGCGGCUUGCUUUGCUUUCUCUUCCUUUUGCUUUUUCACUUCAGGUAACUGAUGGUAUAAUCUGUAAGAAAUUUAUAUGGAAUUAAAGACAGACACUUCA